UGAACAAAUAUAUUAAUCAGUUGACUAGCGUACGUGGUUGAGAUCAUACGCACAUUCUAAUUUCAACAAUGAAGACUGUGUCAAUUAUUUUCAUCGUUUUUGCAUCGUGUCUUUGCGUGAGCUAUUGUAAAGACCUUAUUGUGGGAACGAGUUUCAAUAAUAGACUGAUAUGGCAAGAAAAAGCGGAAUAUGUCUCUAUCCCGCUAAAAAAGAGGGUCAAGGAAGUCUUCUUUGCUGAUCCAGGUCAACAGAUAAUAAAGGGAAUAAUUGCAAGGGACUUGGAUCACACGGACGCAAGUGCGACAAUCACAUCGGGAGGAGUCGGUCAGUCUUACGCCAACAUCAGAUUGAAGAGCGAGAGAGGGUCUGGUCUAAACUAUCAACUUGAAAUCUACGUUUAAAACAACUUUAUUAAAUGAAUUUAAGUGCAUACCAAAAUACUACAAUAAUUGUAUUUCUUAUACCAUUUUAUCAUUUCAAUUGUUAUGAUUACUGAUUAAAUUAUAAACAGAAA